CUCACAGCUCACACACCACCACUACCCAGCAAACUCACGCAGAAACGGCUCCCGUGUUGUCGUGCUGUGCUCCCAGGCGGAGCAGAGGUGAUGCGUUCUCCCAAGCAACCGGCGAAACUUGCCAUGCUUUUGCUGUUAGCGUUCCUGCUGCUCUGUGAUGGCGUGGGGAACGUCCAUGGCAAAACGAUCCACGAGAACAGCGUCGAUCUGCACGCGCUGCUCGACUUCAAGAAGGGCAUCACCAACGAUCCACCAGCCUUGAGCAACUGGAACACCACCGCCCACCACUUCUGCCGGUGGAAUGGUGUCAGCUGCACCACGACACGACCGUUUCGCGUGUCGUCUCUUAUCCUCAGCGGCCAAAACUUGCAAGGCCAAAUCACCCCCUCUCUUGGAAACCUAAGUUUCCUUGAACUGCUUGACCUCUCUAAUAACACAUUAGAUGGCCCCUUGCCUCCACUUAACAAUCUUCGAAAGUUGCAAAUCCUUUAUCUGGACAACAACUCCUUACAGGGGAUUAUCCCUUCUGAAAUCGGAUUCCUUUCCAACCUAGCAGCGCUGGAUCUUUCUGUUAAUAGCUUAGUUGGCCCCUUGCCUAGCCUAGGCAAUCUCCAGCUACUUCAAAACCUUCUGUUGAGCCACAACCAUUUACAGGGAAUCAUUCCUGAUGCACUCACAAACUGCUCCAAUCUAACCUAUGUAGACCUCUCUUUCAACUCUCUAGUGGGUGAAAUUCCUCCGAAAUUAGGUUUUCUUCCAUAUUUGCAGUAUAUCAAUUUUGCAUCAAAUCAUCUCGAGGGAAGCAUUCCUGAUGAGCUGUGGCAAUCGCCUGCCUUAAAAAAAUUGUUCCUGAGAGAUAAUAAGCUUUCAGGUGAACUAGGUGGAUAGGCGAGCUUCUCCUCGCCGCCUUCAGUCCGUUUUGGCAUUGCGUGGUAGGCAUGCUAGGCGUGUGGGUGUGCUAAUUCGAGCAUGUAUCUCUGUGGAGAAUCAAAGUUCGACAGUUCUAAUGCAAUGUUCCAUGGAUCAUAUAUCUGAUACAUACAUUGUUUCUAUCA